AUGGCGGAGGGCUCCGAGAAGGUGCCCAUCGCCCGAGCGGGGCCCGACGAUGUGGAGCAGUGUCUGCCCCCCGCGUACGCGGCGGCGCCCCCGGGGCCGGGGCGGCUGCUGAAGGCGGGGGCCGCCGUGCUGAUCGCCGGAGCCCUCCUGCUGCUGGCCGGGGCCAUCGGCGCCUUCUACUUCUGGAAAGCCACCGAGCGGCAGGUGUACAAUGUUCACUAUACGAUGAGCAUUAAUGGAAAAGUACAAGAUGGAUCGAUGGAAAUAGACGCUGGAAACAACUUAGAGACAUUCAAAACGGGAAGCGGGAGUGAAGAGGCUGUUGAAGUUCAUGAUUUUCAGAUUGGCAUAACUGGAAUCCGUUUUGCUGAAGGAGAAAAGUGUUACAUCAAAGCUCAGCCGAAAGCUCACGUCCCCGAAGUUGAUGCUAUGACUAAAGCGAGCCUCUCAUCCGAGCUGGAAGAUGAAAUCAUGCCUGUGAGAUUUGACGAAAACUCCCUUAUCUGGGUGGCUGCAGACGAGCCUAUCAAGCAUAACAGUUUCCUAAGCCCCAAAAUUUUAGAGCUUUGCGGGGAUCUUCCAAUUUUCUGGCUGCGACCAACGUAUCCCAAAGAUAGCCCAAGGAGAGAAAUGAAGAGAAACAAACGCCAAUCAGAAUCAAACUUUGAUACAGAAGACUUGGGAGCUGCUACUGAAGAAGUAAACACCAGAUCGCCCACCACGCAGCUGACUCGAGAGCUCCAUCACCAAUCUAACGAGACCAGGCCAAUGGGACAAGAAACCGAUGAAACGCUUAAUCCGGACAACCCAUAUAAUCAACUGGAAGGUGAAGGGAUGGCUUUUGACCCCAUGCUGGAUCACCUGGGCGUGUGCUGCAUCGAAUGCAGACGAAGUUACACGCAGUGCCAGCGAAUUUGCGAGCCUCUCAUGGGCUACUACCCAUGGCCUUACAACUACCAAGGCUGCCGUACCGCCUGCCGAAUCAUCAUGCCCUGCAGCUGGUGGGUUGCUCGCAUCAUGGGUGUCGUGUGAGAAAAAGCAUCCGGAUCCUUGGCAAAAGAAGCAGGAAUGCAACGACGACAAACUGGUAAAAGACUACAACCAAAGCAGCAGUACCAAUCCUGGGUUUUAAAAAAUAAAUAAAUAAAUAAAUAAAUCAAAGUGUGCGUUACUGCACCAAAAGCAAAGUCAGAUAUUCUAACCGUAAAUAAAAAUUUGCAGUUAACAUUCCAUUAGCUUUACAAGCGAUAAGGGUAUACAAGCACUUACUGAAUUCAAAAAACUAAGACAUCCCCAAAAAAGACAGUAUUAAACUUUGCUCACAAACUGGUUUAGCAGUCCAGAAGCUUGCUCAUAAAUCCAAAUUCAGCCUUUCGAAACAAAACCCUCUCUUUCCAAGCUAGAUGUGAAAAUUUACGUCCAAUUAGGCAACUAGCUCAACUUGUACACUUGGGAGUACCUUUCAUCCAUGUAGCUUACUUAAAUAAAUCACAAGUUAAGUUGCUCCCCGUUGCUAUUCAUACCGAGUUGCCAGGUCAUUAUGAAUGGUUAUAAACCAAUUACAGCAUACCUUUCCCACAAAGCUGCUCCAGGGGACACGGGAAAGCGCAUAUUGUGCUAAAUCGGAAACAAAUGGCAGGAAAAGGGGCUGCGGAAGGGAAUGUGCGUGGCCGCAGAAUCAAAACCCUUCGCACAUCCCAACAUCAAAGAAACCCCUCCAUCAAGAAUCUUGUAUCCAUGAUACCACUGUAGUGUCUAACAAGUAUCUGCUAUCCAGCUACUACGGCAAAAGUAUUUACAUGCAGUUGUAGACCAAAGAGUCUCAAGACCCUUCAGAAUCUACAACAGCCACUGUAUUUAUAAAUCCUUGAACUAGACACUUUUGACACAAGAUUACAACCCCUCUUUAUUCCACAUGGAUAGCAGCC